AACUAUCGGCGAAAUCAACAGGCUCUCUCUUUCUUUCCUACCACCACAUCCCAUUCCUCUGUUUUUUUUCUCUCUUUCUGUACACUUAAAAAUCCUUCAAAAUGGGAAAGGACAAGAUUCACGUUAACGUUGUCGUCAUCGGCCACGUCGAUUCUGGUAAAUCCACCACCACCGGUCACUUGAUCUACAAGUGCGGUGGUAUCGACAAACGUACCAUCGAAAAGUUCGAAAAGGAAGCUGCUGAGCUCGGCAAGGGUUCCUUCAAAUAUGCAUGGGUGCUUGACAAGCUAAAGGCUGAGCGUGAGCGUGGUAUCACGAUCGACAUCGCUCUAUGGAAGUUCGAGACCCCCAAGUACAUGGUUACCGUCAUUGAUGCCCCAGGACACCGUGAUUUCAUCAAGAACAUGAUUACUGGUACCUCCCAGGCUGACUGUGCCAUCCUCAUCAUUGCCGGUGGUACUGGUGAGUUCGAGGCUGGUAUUUCCAAGGACGGUCAGACCCGUGAGCACGCCCUUUUGGCGUUCACCCUCGGUGUCCGUCAGCUCAUCGUUGCCGUCAACAAGAUGGACACGACUAAGUGGAGCGAGGACCGUUUCAACGAAAUUAUCAAGGAGACUUCCACUUUCAUUAAGAAAGUCGGCUACAACCCCAAGGCCGUUGCAUUCGUCCCCAUUUCUGGCUGGCACGGUGACAACAUGUUGGAGGAGUCCCCCAACAUGCCAUGGUACAAGGGCUGGACCAAGGAGACCAAGGGCGGUGUUGUCAAGGGCAAGACCCUCCUCGAUGCUAUCGAUGCCAUCGAACCCCCUGUCCGUCCUUCUGACAAGCCCCUUCGUCUUCCCCUCCAGGAUGUCUACAAGAUCGGUGGUAUUGGUACUGUGCCCGUCGGUCGUGUGGAGACCGGUGUUAUCAAGGCUGGCAUGAUCGUCACCUUUGCUCCUUCGAACGUGACCACUGAAGUGAAGUCCGUUGAAAUGCACCACGAGCAGCUUGUUGAGGGUCUCCCCGGAGACAACGUCGGUUUCAACGUCAAAAACGUUUCGGUCAAGGAUAUCCGUCGUGGCAAUGUUGCUUCUGACUCCAAGAACGACCCCGCCAAGGAAGCUGCUUCCUUCAAUGCUCAGGUCAUCGUCCUCAACCACCCUGGUCAGAUCGGUGCUGGCUACGCUCCAGUGCUUGAUUGCCACACUGCCCACAUUGCUUGCAAGUUCGCCGAGUUAAUUGAGAAGAUCGACCGUCGGAGUGGAAAGUCCCUCGAGGCAUCUCCCAAGUUUGUCAAGUCUGGUGAUGCUUGCAUUGUCAAACUUGUUCCCUCUAAGCCUAUGUGUGUCGAGUCCUACAACGAAUACCCACCUCUGGGUCGCUUUGCCGUCCGUGACAUGAGACAGACUGUUGCUGUUGGUGUCAUCAAGUCGGUCGACAAGACUGACAAGUCUGGCGGAAAGGUGACGAAGUCUGCGGAGAAGGCCACCAAGAAGAAGUAA